AUGGCCAAAGUUAUUGGGUGUAAACCGGACUAUAUCCCGCUUACGUACCUGGGGAUCACGGUGGGGUCUAAUAUGAACAGAAUUAAGAAUUGGACUCCUAUUAUUGAGAUUUUUGAUAAAAGACUGUCGGUUUGUAAAGCUAAAACUCUUUCGAUAGGGGGCAGGCUUACGCUAAUCAAAUCGGUGUUGGAAAUCCUGCCUAUUUAUUAUUUCUCGCUUUAUAAGGCUCCGGCUGGGGUUAUCAAGUCUCUCGAAUCCAAAAUGAAAAAAAUUCUAUGGGCCGGUUCUGGUAGCAUCUUGAAAAUGAACUGGGUGGCGUGGGAAGGGGUUACCUGGCCCAAGUCAAAAGGUGGUUUGGGAAUCAACAGGCUUAAGGAGGACAAUGAAGCCCUUCUUGUUAAAUGA